AUGGUGAAGAUGGUCAGCCAUGGAAAACAUAUUGGAAAACAUAUUGCAAUAAUAGUCCAACAGCUUAACAAUUUUAACCCUGAAAGUCAGAGCGUGGAGGAUUUCUUGAAUGAAUCAGCUAAGACGUUGCAGACUCUUAACGUGACAGAGGAAAAAUUUGUGUUGGAUACACUAGCUGGAUGCAUAGCAUAUAAAUCCUUAUUGGAUGUAGUAGUCAAUGCCUUUUUUGUUCGGGAUGGGAAAUACUGCCUGGUUUCUGAGCGUAAUCUUUAUAUAGUUAUUUGCUACCUGGCUACUUUUCAACUAGAAGAGCUCGGUCUUCAGCACUUCAGCAGAAUUGUGAAAUCUCUGGACACUGCAAAAAUGCAAAAGUUUCUUAGAUUCUUCUUCAAUGCCUUGUAUUUGAACACAUGGAUAAAAGAUGAAUGGAGCCGGUUCUACGAUUCACUGUAUGUAAAAGAGAACUGGAUUGAUCCACUGCUAAGAUGGCAGCCAAAAGUACAGCAACUGGUUGAACAGCUCACAGAUAAAUUAAGUAAUCCUACUACCACUGUCAAGACUUCGACGGUCACUCAGCCAAAGAAAUUUAAUUUGACUGUACCCAAACCACGUGCCAUUCCUAUACCUCGGCCAAUACCUGUACUGGAAAAGAGGCCACCUGCUCCUUCAAGCACCUACAAACCUCCAAAGGAAAAAAAGCAACUAGAGGAAAUCAAAACAAAAAAUCGCCAAAAAGCAGAAGCUGACAAUAUACCUAUUAAAUUAAAUGCUGCAGCUAUUUUAAGAGAGGGCGCCCUCUAUCAGCGGAAAAUGGAACAGGAGCUCAAGAGAAUUGAGAAUUUGCUACAAGGGGCUGGAGACCCAUCUGAAUUCUUGGAAUGGCAAAAACAGAUGCGUGGAAAAGAUUUGGAAGAGCAGCUGGCUGAAAUAGAGUGUAGGAGGCUUCAAGGGAAACUGAGUCAUGAAGAGGCAGUUCUAGCCCAUCAGAAUGUAACUCAAGAAAAUAAGAAAAAAGCUGAGCUAAUGAGAGAAGAGAAAGCAGAGCUGAUGCAGCAAUAUGCAGAGAAACGUCUACAGGAACAGCAAGAAAUGAGAGAGCUGGUGGAGCAGGUCGUCGAAGGACACAAGAAUGCGAAGCAAGCAAAAAUAAAGCUCCAGAAAUACAAACAGCAGAUAGUUCAGGAAGUUUGCGAAGAAAAUCGAGAACUUCUUCGGCAAGCUUUAGAAGAAGAGGAGGAGAAGCUUAGGAAAAGAUAUGAACUAAUUCAACAAAUACGAGCCAUUGAGUCUUUACCAAGACUCAGACACAAGUUUGUUGAUUUAACUGAGACUGGUGGCCAUGGUUUAAUUUGUGAAAUGUCAAUAGUGGAACUACGCGAACGCCUCGCUCUACUCAAAGAAGCACAGAAGGCAGCAGAGGAAGAGAAGAGAGACCAGAUAAUUCAUGAAAAACAAGCUAAGGAACAACUUCUUCUAGACAAACUCGACCAGAUUUGCCUGUUCAGAGCAGAACUCGGACGAGCAGCUGCUUUAAAGCAAGAAGAAAAGAAAAGAAAGCCCCAGUCUGGUGAAAGGCCUGUGAAAGAUGAACGCAUUUUAAACCUGCAGAAAAAGAUUGUAGAAAAAAAGAUGGAGCGUAAAAAGCAAGCUGGACUCUUAAAGAUUACUCCUCAGAAAACCAGCAUUGCAUCAAGGAAGGAUUCAUGGCAAUGGAACCAUUGGAAAGAAAUGGAAGAGAGUCGGGAACGACAGUUCAAGAAUCUUCAACAUGGCUUCAUGGCCAGAGAAACAGCUCAGAAAAUGGCUGCCUAUGAGGCAGCAAGAAGUGGAGCCACAGCCUGUAUAUUGCGCUCUGAAGUACAAUAAAAUACAUUUGGAAGAAAUUCAGGCCUGCUGGAAAUCUCCCAGUGUGCCUAUUUACUACAAGGUUGAAUAUUAAUCUUUAUUUCACCUUUACAGCGUAAUUAGAAAAACAUUGGUCAUAGAGGCACAAUAGAAUAAAAAUGUGUUUAUUUUUUUGUAAUAGAAUUUUAUUUUUAAGCUAUAAUGAUACAUAUUUUUCUGUUAGAAUCAAAAGCUUUAAGAAACC